AUCACUACUGGUUACAUUUGUGUGUAAGUAUUCUUGAUGUAAACAAAUAGAGACGAGGCGCAAUCACAAUGUCCCGCGGCGGAGAACUGGUCUUUAAAACAAAGAAAACCUCGGAAAAGAUAUCGGAGAACAUACACAUAUUCGCCAAUGACCCGUCGCUGGCGUUUUUCCGCGUCCAGGAGCAUGUACGCAAGGUGUCACCAGCGAUUUUCGAGAAGCGCGAUGAGGUAUUCCAGCUGCAAAACAAGCUGCAGGGACACUGCUACGACAUGGAAUACGGAAUACAAGCUCUGCGCACCAUCGAGAAAUCAGAAAGCGUAUUCGAUAACAUACAAGAAAUGAUUAAGGCUUCAAUAUUCCUGAAACAGCAACUACGAUAUGAGGAAAACCGCAAAAAGAUUAAAAAGGAAAGCACGAAAUCAUCGGUCUAUAAGCGUUUCUCUGCCCACCUCGCCCUGGAUCUACCAGAAUUGCCCGAUUUUGGUGGAGUCAUGAGGGAAACUAGUCAACGGAUGGAAAAUAUCAUUGGUCCUACGGCGGCAACAGGACGUUCAGAGGCUCCAACAACUCAAACCAGCAACCCUGGAGAGCUCCAAAGAUCCUAUACCACACUCCACUAGUUAGCCUUUAAAAUUAUAUUAAUGUAUAUACAUAGAAUAAAAUGUUAUUAUAGUACAGGGGUAA